GAUUACCACAAUAAAUUAGGUGAAUUUCAGAUAGCUAUAUAAUAUUUUGUGCAUGUACACAGAUCACUUCUGCGUUUUGUCAACCAAAACACAAAGUGUGCAAAGGCAAAUUGAUUUGACUACGAGUUACCAUGGUUACCAAGGGCAUCCAAACAAAACAGGAUCGACCAGCUUCAUCUGCUGAGGAGCUACACAUGGGACUAAAGUCCCAACAUUCACUGAAAUAGUUUGGCCACAUCUGUAACGUCAGAGCUCAUUAGAAACUGAGAAAAUGUACAAAGUGGAUUUGCCUGUAGACCAGUCCAUAGAAAAGGCUGUGGAGAGGCGAAGGUCUGCAGAAAAAGCACGUAAGGACCAGAUUUUCAACACCCGGCUCCGGGUAAUGGGCCUCGACCUUGAUGCUCUCGACCAACAGGUCCAGGAGAAAAAACAUCAGCAAAACAUGGAGCUACGACGGGGCAGAGCUUUCGAUAAGCUAAGAGAGUAUCACGAUGAAGCACUGCUGCAGCAAGACAUUGAUGAAAAAGAGAAGCAAGCAGCUUUGCAUGCUGACCUGACCCAAUAUUGGGCCACUAAUCAGCGUGUAGAGGACUCAAGUGAUGCUGAUCUCAAAUGUGGCCUGAAGGGGGCAUUCAGGAUCACCAUUCCAGAGAAUGAGCUGGGACCUGCCAGUAUGAAAAUCUUUCAGGGACAGGAUAUUGGAAAGGAACAAAGGAGGAGAGAACAAAUGAAAAAGACAGACACAGAUCUUCAAGCACAGAAGGAAGACAAUGAGAGAAAGCACGUGGGAGACAAGCAAAGAGAGAUGCUCGUGAGCAAAGAGCUGGUGCAUCAGGACCUUAGGGGGGUUCAGCUGCAUGCACUAGAGGAGGAGUGUAAGAAAGCUGCCCGCAUCGCACUCGACAACUACAAUCAAGCUCUGGCUGCAGAGCGGGCAGAGAAACUGAAGGAGCAGCACAGGAGAGAGGAGAGGGAGAAAGUCGCAGAGAUGCGGCAUACUCUGACAUCCGACAUGAUGACAGAGUGUGCAGAGGCAGCGGAGAGAGAGGUGGGAGGAAGGAGGUUGCCCAGGGUUCUGGUAGACAGGUGGAAGGGGAUGAGCCCUGAGCAGCUGAGCGCCAUCCACAGGGAGAGAGAAGAGCAGCGUCUCAACAGAGAGAGACAAUGUGAAGCUGAGAAGAUUCAGGACGCAGCUUGGGAACUCCAUCAGCUGAAGCUGUCCAGAGAAGCAGAGGAGGAGGAGAGGAGAGCAGAAGAGCUGAGGAGAGAAAAGAGGAUUCAGAUGGACCAUGACAACAUGCAGCUGGCCAGAGAGCAGCAGGCACAUCAGGAGUUCCUGAACAAGAAGCUAUACACCAACAAACCCAGCAAGGACUUCUUUUAUCAAUUCAACACCAGCUCCCGCUGA